AUGGCUGCAGAGUCUGUCCAUAAAAUUACGCUCCCUGCACCAAAAUCAGUCUCACCCUUCAUUCGCACUGCGCGAUGGGGACUGCUUCUGGCCGGUGCACUCUAUGGAGCCUUGAGGUUGAAGUAUCUGCAAGUUCGCGAAGUUGGCAUUCAGAGAAGAAAUCUUGCGAUAAUGGCAAAAAGGAAGGCCGAAUACGAUCAAUGGAUGGAAUAUCAGGCAGAGCAAUCUAUGAAGCAGCUUCUCAGAGAGAGCGGGAUGGAGUAG